AUAACGAUUAAUGCAAGCCCUUCAAUCAAAUUGUGUUCUCUUUUGAAACAAAUAUAAUGGCUAUUAAUUUCAUUUUGUUUGUGUUCGUUUUUGCUAGUCAGCUUAUUGCUGGAUUCAACAAAGAGCUACCACCUCCAACCUAUGGAAAUUUAAUCACCAUUCUCAGUAUUGAUGGUGGUGGUAUUAGAGGGAUCAUUCCAGCAAUAAUUCUUGACCAGUUGGAAAAGGCUCUUCAGGCUAAGGAUAAAGAAGCAUCACUAGCAAAUCAUUUUGAUGUGAUAGCUGGGACUAGUACUGGAGGGCUUGUCACUGCUUUGCUCACUACUCCUCACCCAAAUGACCCUACUCGUCCUCUAUUUACUCCUGCACAAGUAAUCGACUUCUACAACAAAUACGGUCCUUCAAUAUUCAAUCAAACUAGUGGUUGGGAUGCUACAUACCCGGGUCCCAAGUAUGACGGCAAGUUCUUACAUAAUAUAUCACGUGAGUUAUUGAAAGAUACAAAACUGCAUCAGACAUUGACCAAUGUAGUAAUCCCAACAUUCGACAUCAAGAAAUUUCAUCCAGUUAUUUUCUCAAACUUUAAGCUUGAGGAAGUUCCCAGCCAAGAUGCAAAAUUAUCAGAUAUAUGCAUUGGAACUUCAGCUGCACCAACUUAUCUACCACCCUAUUACUUUGAAAAUGAUGGUGAUGAAUUCAAUUUGGUUGAUGGAGGUGUGGCUGCAUGUAAUCCGACGUUGGCUGCUGUGAGUGAAGUGAUGAAACAACAGAAGGGGAAGGAUACCAAAAUCUUGUUGUUGUCUAUAGGAUGUGGAUCUAAACAGGUUACAGGGUUUAAUGCUGAAGAUGCAAUUCAUUUCUCAGCAGCAUUUUGGGCAACAUCUGGUCUUGCAACUGGUAGUUAUGAUAAUGCUGCUAAAGACAUGACUGAAUAUUACCUUGCCAAAUUGUUCCCAAGCCUCCAAUCUUCUGACAACUACCUUAGAAUUCAGGAAUAUAACUUGGAUCCAUCCAUGGAUUCCAUGGAUAAUGCUACACAAGCAAACUUGGAAAAUCUUGCAAAGGUAGGAGUGAGCCUUCUGAGCCAGCCAGUUUUGAAAAUGAACGUAGAAACCAAUGUGCCAGAGGAAAAAAUCAACCAAGGUACAAAUGCUGAGGCUCUUGAAAGGUUGGCAGAGACUUUAUACAAAGAGAAGCAGCUUCGUCUGAAAAAGAAAUUGAUAAUGGAAAAAUUGGGACGACCACUUCUUGAAACUAUCACAUUCCCUUUUGCUACUACAAGUUAGAGGAUGACGAGUGUAAUGGAAUAAAUGCCAAGUUCAUAGUAUAUGCUUGCACAAUACUAGUAUAAAGUUGUGUGCAUUAUGUAACUUAAGCAUUUGAAUAAAUAAUUUGUGGUUUGAGUGUUUUCCAUGUA